AUGGCGCGGGAAACUCGCCGUGCCCCGAACAGUCUAUGCCAAGAAAGUCCUGUCCGCACCACAAAAACGGCCUUUUCAACCGCCCGACGUUCACAAACCGUAUCAUCGCGGGAGGCUGGAGGCGACGAAUCCCACACAUACAUCCCUCUCGUCCCGGUCCUGACGCCGGAAUACUCUGCAGACCUCGAAGCUUCGUUUCCGGCGCGCCCAGAGCCGCUGUACAUUCGCAAAACUUCGUCUCCUCUCCCUCAGGGCCGCAUCCACAGCCAUCGCCAGCAGUCUCACGAACAGCCGUCUCCUUUACUCCCCCUAUUCAAAUACACCAGAAGAUCCCCUUCUUCGAGUCUCUGGAACCCGGUCAAUUACAUUCCACGCUCCGCCACUCGCUCGUCUCGACAGCAACGUACAGCUCUCACAGGCGAUUCCCAGCCAAAACGGGACGCAGAUCCGCUACUUACCCUCCCUGAGCGUCGGAGAAUUCUCUCCCAGCGGUCCAGUGUAGCGAGUAUACCUCUUAAGACAGACGUCGACGAACCUGACGCCGUUAAUCGUACCAGCAUCGGACUCCCUCGCAGGCAUAGACGUGCAGAUACUUGGGGAGCAAUUGAAAUGGUCAACUAUUCAGGAGCUUCUGCAGGACAGAGCAAUCACUUAAGGCCGCCAGAGCGUCCCUAUGCAGUCAGAAAUGGCAACCUCUUCUCGAUGAAUGGCAGUCCAGCUGCACAACAGCACCCAGAUGAUCCUCCAGAAACACCUCGACACGUUAACUCUCACCUGUCUAUUCGACCGCAGACAUUUAUUGCCGUGCCCCCUGUAAACGUCAAUAACGCCUCAACAAACCCUCAAUCGCCUAGUGGACCCCCUAACGGUGACGCCACAGAAGAACUGAGCUGGGGACCAGCACAUCCAUGCUUUCCACAUAUGAACACCCAUGUCUCCCUAAAUUCAGAGGAUUACGUUCAUACACGGGUAAUCCGGAUACGACGGGACUGGAUGGUCAAAGGAGACCUUGCACCUACCUUUUCCAACCUAUACCCAGAGAUUCUUGACCCACUCUUGGGCGAACAGGAGUUCCGAACUAUCAUCACCAAGAUAAAUGAGGAGCUCAUCAAUGCGUUUGAUCCAUAUGCUGCGCGUAACUGGUUUGAUGGGAUAAUGGGAUUCCUGACUGGCUGGCUAUGGGACGAUCUAGGUGCCAGUCGCAUCAAAUCUCGAAUCAAGGGGCUUGAAGCAUGGAUAGAUAAGUGGAACCGUGAGGUUGGUGCUGCUGAAGGUGUCAAGAUAUGGGGACCCCGACGGACCGGAUUCCUCUCCCUAGACAUACAGAUCCCAGACCCCAAAAUUGGUAUUGUGGAAAGCGAUGCUGGUUCCGAUCUAGGGACGAGAACUAGACCCAGCACCGCAAACACACGGCUACAUGAACGACCGCAGCAUUUGUGA